CUCAGUGAGGGGAAGGCAGCAUCCUCAGCGACGGGAAGGCAGCCUCCUUGGCAGCACGUUCCCAUCGCGAUGUAUAGCCGAGCUGGAUUUAUUGGCGAGCCCGGGCAAGCCAGUGAGGAAAGGGAGGGGAAGGAAUUAGGUCCUGCGCUCCUUGUUUAUGCCUCUGGGCUCCCCCUCCCGCCCCGUUGGCUUACAGCGGGGGUCUGGAGGCGCCCGCCGCGCUGCGCGUCGCAGCCUGUCAGGAGAGGGACCGGGCGCUUUCUUCAGCUGCCGCUGCUUGAUCCUCCCGCUCGUGGCUCGUUUUCCUUCCUCCCGGUUCCCACCCGGUGAAUUCCUUCUUCCUGAGCCCCGAGCCAGGGAGGGCUCCUUAACAAGUGCCGUUGUCCGCGGAGGGCGCAUUCGCCGCGGGGCCGUGAGGACAGCGCACCUUUUCCCCGGCAGCCCGUGGAGCAGCUCCCGACGCGCAGCCCGAAGCCGGCGCAGAACCGUCAGCGCGCUCGCUGCAUGGCGGCGGGGAGGAAUCGGGUGUCAGCCCGUUCGGUCCGCGGCAGGGCCGGCGCUCCCCGUGGGCGCGCAGGGCGGCAGCGGCGGCCGGAGCGGCGAGGGUUGGGAUCCCUCCGCCCUCCCGCCUCUUCGGUUUGCACGGAAGUUUAUCCGGGAGAAGUGGGAACGUGAAAGCCAUGCCCCGAGAGUAAUUCGCUUUGGCUGCAAGGCAGUUGAGGAACAGCUUGUUUUGGGGUCGAGAGAUUUGGAUCCUGAGGAACUUCUUCGCUGGGAGCUUCCACUCAAGCCAGAAUAA